GCGGGGCGGCAGCGGCAGCCAUGGCGGCGGCCGUGGUUCCGCAGACGGACAGCAUUCGCAGGGCCGUGCUGCUGCUCAACGCCGUGGAUUCGGGUCGGUUCCCGCGCCUGCUGUCCCGUCUGCUGCAGAGAUUGCAUCUGAAGGCUGAAACCAGCUUCAGUGAAGAGGAGGAAGAAAAACUCCAGAUAGCUUUUUCACUGGAAAAGCAAGAUCUUCAUCUAGUUCUUGAAGCCAUAUCAUUUAUUUUGGAGCAAGCUGUUUAUCACAAUUUGAAGCCUGCUUCACUGCAACAACAGCUGCAGAGCAUCCACCUGGACCAAGACAAAGCUGAGGCAUUCGCUAGUGCAUGGGCAGCUGCGGGUCAAGAGACAAUUGAGAAGUUCAGACAGAGGAUUUUGACCCCUCAGAAGCUUGAAACAGUUGGUUGGCAGCUUGAUCUUCAAAUGUCUGCAUCCACGCAAGCGAAGCUGAAAUCUCCUCGAGCUGUGCUGGAGCUGGGUGUGAGCAAUGAAGACUCAAAGGUUCACCAACCACCGGAGACCAGGCUGCCCAGAAAUUUGGCAUGAGAGGAGAAAAAAGCAAGCUGUGGUUAAAAAUGCAAUUAACACCGCUUAACUGCAAUGAUUCAGAAUUUGUAAUGUUUGAUAGCAUUUCUAAAUCUGACAAAAUGGAAACAGGCUAGUAUGAUAGGGAAGUUGCUUUUGUUUCCAUUCUUAUAUUUAAGCAAAUGAAGAGAACGUUUAGAAAAUAGCCAGUUGCAAACUGGUGUGUUUGCUUUUGGAUGUGUAUGACUGUUCUCUUUGACUGUGUAAUUAGGUUUCAAGUUUGCUGUUGAGCUGCAGCACUAGCGGGAUCAUUUUUUGGCUGUAAGAUGAAGUAGCCAGUAGAGGGCGUAGAAAUUAAUCCUGGUAAUGUGCACCAAUUAUGAUGUAGAUUUGCAAACAAAGACUGAUCCAGAAAAGUAAGUGCUGUGUAGAUUAGCAUCUCUGUUUGUCCGAAUGGUUUAAUAAUGAUCUGUGUAGGCACACAGUUGUAUGUUCUUUCCCACUGUUCAUACAGCAGUUCCCUGGGCCAUCUAUAGGAAAAGAGUUUUCUGAGCAGCUAGAGCAAUUCCCCACAGCCACAGAAGCCGUAUGCAAAAACUGUGGUAGAGCUUGUACAAAAGGUCUGUGGGCUUCAGAAAUGUCACAUUAUCUGUGCAGAAUAACUUCCCAGAGAAAUGUGACAAGUAAGAGAGUGUUCUGCUGUACUUGUUCAUUAGGAAUAUGAAGUGAGAUACUUUAUCAUGUAAGAUACUCACUAUUGUGCAUUUUUACAAAUGAUGUAUAGCUUGCAUUUAUGCUUGAAAGUUGCUAGGAUAAAUUAACUAUUGUUGCCUAGUGUUGUCUCUCAGGUCUUUUUUGUAAACUGGCUUCAUUAAAUACUCAAAUUUAAUCACAGUUUUUCCUAUGGAAGGUAUUGCUCUUCUUUUUUCCCUCUUCUUUAUUUUUGUGUACAGUUUCCUUUUUAACCAUUAAGGACUUCCUGAUAGCCUGCCUUUGAGGGAGUUAUUUUUCCUUUGAGUGGGAAUGCUAUGAAUAGAUUCCUUCUGAGAGUUCAUUACUGUUUAUUGUAUUUCUUCUUUAUUCUGACAUCUGAAGAAUGUUGUGAUGUUUUGUAUGCCAGUGCAAGACAAAAAUUAUAAAAGUGCUGCUUUAUUAAAUCUGCCAAUGCAAUAC